CUGCCAGGGUCCUACAUCUUCCUCCGCUGUGUGGGCAGAUAUCUCUGCACUGUGAGCAGACAACAGGAGCUGUCCCUGUCACCAAAGCUCUUUGUGCCACCUUUGGCUGCAUGUCCUGAGAUCUAUCUCCUCAAUGCCAGUCUCACUGAAAGGGCCCACGACGCACUAUCAACACUCUCACCCACCCAUCUUCCUCCUGCUCCAGAGCACCAUCUGCCCACUCACACUUCACAAACUGCAUCAGUCUCCCAUCACACCGGCCACUGCCUUACUCCCUCCAUUCACCCUUCACACACAGCACCAACCUCACAACACACCGUCACCCAACUCUCUCCAACACCAACCUCC